GUUUGGUCCUCGGCGGCCGCCGUCCAGGAGCCGGUGCGAAAGGAGGCCGAGGGGCUGGGGUCGCGGGAUCGGGCUCGGGAACCCGCCUGGAGAUGGAGUUCGACUGCGAGGGUCUGAGACGGCUGCUGGGCAAGUACAAGUUCAGGGAUCUAACUGUGGAAGAACUAAAGAAUGUAAAUACGUUUUUCCCACAUUUCAGAUAUUCCAUGGACACCUAUGUUUUCAAAGAUAGUUCCCAGAAAGACUUGCUGAAUUUCACUGGUACUGUUCCUGUGAUGUAUCAGGGUAAUACAUAUAACAUACCAAUUCGUUUGUGGAUUUUGGAUUCUCACCCUUUUGCUCCCCCCAUUUGCUUCUUAAAGCCAACUGCAAAUAUGGGAAUCUCAGUUGGAAAACAUGUGGAUGCUCAAGGCAGAAUAUACUUGCCCUACCUCCAAAACUGGAGCCAUCCUAAAUCUGUUGUUGUAGGAUUAAUUAAAGAAAUGAUUGCCAAGUUUCAAGAGGAACUUCCCCUGUAUUCUCUAUCAUCAUCUGAUGAGGCACGGCAGGUGGAUUUGCUAGCCUAUAUUGCAAAAAUCACUGAAGGUAUCUCAGACAUAAAUUCAAAGAACUGGGCAAAUCAUGAGAAUAAAACAGUAAAGAAAAUUACUGUGGUUGGAGGUGGAGAACUGGGAGUUGCCUGCACAUUAGCAAUUUCAGCAAAGGGCAUUGCAGACAGACUUGUCCUCUUAGACCUCGCAGAAGGGACUAAAGGAGGGAUGAUGGACCUUGAGAUCUUCAGCCUGCCUAAUGUGGAGAUCAGCAAAGAUUUGUCUGCCUCUGCUCAUUCCAAAGUGGUCAUCUUUACCGUUAACUCUUUGGGUAGUUCUCAGUCCUACCUUGAUGUGGUGCAGAGAAAUGUGGAUAUGUUCAGAGCCCUUGUCCCAGCUCUGGGACAUUAUAGUCAACACAGUGUCCUGCUUGUUGCAUCUCAACCAGUGGAGAUCAUGACUUAUGUGACAUGGAAACUGAGUGCAUUUCCUGCAAAUCGAGUAAUUGGAAUUGGAUGCAAUCUGGACUCACAGAGGUUACAGUAUAUUAUUACAAAUGUUUUAAAGGCAGAGACUUCAGGAAAACCAGUGUGGGUUAUUGGUGAGCAGGGAGAAGACAAAGUUACCAAAUGGGGUGGCCAAGAAGAAGUCAUGAGUCAUAACUCUCAGGUGCAGCUGUCCAGCAGAGCCAUGGAACUAUUAAAGGUCAAAGGUCAAAGAUCCUGGUCUGUUGGACUAUCAGUAGCUGACCUAGUUGACAGUCUUAUAAAUGAUAGAAAGAAAGUGCAUUCUGUAUCAACUUUAGCAAAGGGAUAUUAUGAUAUAAAUAGUGAAGUGUUUUUAAGUUUGCCUUGCAUCCUUGGAACCAGUGGGGUAUCUGAAGUCAUCAAAAGCACAGUGCAAGAAGACAGAGUGACUGAGAAGCUCCAGAGCAGCGCCUCCUCACUUCAUGAUCUCCAGCAACAGUUAAAACUUUAAGUCCAAAGUUCACAGCUACCUGGAGGGAAGCGUCAUUUAAUUUUGCCAACAUAUAUAGGGUUGAGAACUUCUGUAUCUUAUUACUUAUCCUUACAAACUGCUUGGUUAAGGUAGAUGGUUUUUUGGUUGGUUUUGUAAUUUGAAUUCUUAGGGAGUUAGAUAAGGAGGGGGAAAAUCUGGUUUUCUUUGUCGUUCUUUAUAUAACUACUAGAGGCCUGGUGCAUGAAAUUCGUGCACGGAUAGGGUCCCUAGGCCUGGCCAGCAAUCAGAGCCAAUCGGGUCCCUGCCUCCCCAUCUCCCCGCCUCCCCCUUCCCUCACUCCCUCAGUGCCCCACCACUGCCACUGGUCUCCUGCCAUGUUCCGCACUGCCCCUUGGUGGUCAGCGCACGUCAUAGCAAGCGAUCGAACUCCCAGUCGAACUCCCGAGGAGACACUUUGCAUAUUAGCCUUUUAUAUAUAGAUAUUCUUUAAACCUAUAGCAGAGAUGAACUUUAUCUGCAAAAUGCAUCAUGUAAAAUUAUGUAUCCUCAACUGAAAGCACAUUCAGCACUUUGGGAAUAUUUUGAAAGUAAUAUAUUUUUAGAAGAAAAGUACUCUUCAACUGCUACAGUAAACAUGCUAAGUCAAAGGGUCAGUAUGGAUUUGCCAAAUCUGUGCUAGGUAUAUAGUCAAAGGAUCCACAAUUUAAGGUAUAAAAAUAAAGUUGGUAGUAAUGGUAAUAAAGCAUUUUGUUUUCCUUCUUCAAUUAAUUAGCUACCAAACAAUGGAAAAGAAUUUUACAUGUACUUUAAAAUAGUAAAAGGGAAAGUGAAUUUUUUAAUAUAUGAAGGAAAAGUAUAGUUUACCUUCCAGUGGAACUGUCCUUUUUGAAAUUUUCUAUAACCUCUUUCUGGGCUAUCAGAGUUCUAACACCUCAUAAAUUCACAGUAAUAUUAGUAGAAUCAGAGAGAAAUGUGUAUUUUCAGUGAAAAUAGAUUGUGAAUGAAAGCCAAGCAGUUUACUUUUAAGCUAAAAUAGGUUGUCAUAAAAGCCAUUGGUUUUAAAGGGGGAGAGGUUGGAUGAACUGAUUAUUCUGAGCAGAUCCUUUAACAAUUCCUAAAGAAACAAUCAGAGUACAUAUGCUUUGGUGAUGGUUCAAUAACAGUAUCUUCAUAUGUUGCUGGGGUCCAACCCCA